AUGGGAGAGAGAGAAGAGGAAAAAGAAAAAUUGGAAAAUGGAAGGGAGAUGGAGGGAGAAGAGGAAGGGAGAAGAUACAUGUACAUCGAACGUUUGUUUGUUUGUUAUUCACAAUCAUUUAAAAAGGGUGACGAUACUCAUCAUCAUCAUCAUCAUCUUUCCUUUACCUGUCUCUUCUUUGUUCUCUAUCUCUAUCUAUCUAUCUAUCUCUCUUGUUUUAUGUUCUAUUUUCGUAUUCUGCUUGUUGAUUGGUGUGUUUAUGAUAAUCUAUCUAUCUAUCUGUCUGUCUGUCUGUCUGUCUGUAUUUGUUGUUAUAAAUAA